UUCACGCGCCAGCGUGACAACAUCGUAGGUUUUUGGUGGCGUUUAGCCAUAAGUUCUCCAUCUUGUGAUUUGGUAAGGAGGAGUAGUAUAAGUUGGAAGGGUGAAAAAGAAGCUCCCUACCCAAACCUCCACCCCACGAUCGUGCGACCGAGACCGAGAAGAGAAAUGGUUUUUGUGAAUGAACGGUGCCUGCUGCCCUGUUGUCAGACUGUGUGAUGAAGCUGUUGAGAUAGUGGUGUGUGUGCGUGUGCGUAUGUGUUAUGAAGGGUGCUGGGCCCCCACUAGAGAAGGGAGGCUUUGUUUACACUAUACACUGUUGCAGUCGGUAGCGGUGGUGCAUUCUUCAAAUUCCAAUCAUACAUUGACCCAGUGAAGCAACCCUCAACGGAUACGGGGAAGAAGUGAAGAAACCGAGCGUUUCGUUUGUUAAAGGUGCAUUAGCAGCACAGAGCGCCAUGUAAGAAAGGAAACACUCACAGGGGUAGGUUUUCCUUUUUGCACCUCUGCACCAACAACAAAACAAAAAACAAAACCGAAAACGGAAGUACCUGAGAUGGCGAGCGGAUCAUUCCAUUUGGAUGGUGUGCCUGACGGUGAAGUGCAUCAGCAGGAAGCGACGGGGACGGAAGAGCAGGCAGAACUAGUGGGACCACGAAGAGGACGCUGUAAAUGGUUUAACGUGGUGAAAGGCUGGGGCUUCAUAACGCCCGAUGACGGUGGGCAGGAAGUGUUUGUGCAUCAGAGCGUUAUACAGAUGGGUGGAUUUCGAUCGCUGGGUGAAAACGAAGAGGUUGAGUUUGAGUCGAAGCUAACGGGGAAAGGAUACGAAGCGACCAGCGUUUACGGUCCAUCACAUGCAGAAUGCAAGGGAAGUGAUUUCCGACCGUACAGUAAAAAGCGAAGGUUCCGGAAAGUGAGGUGCUACAAUUGUGGAGAGUUUGCCAACCAUAUAGCGUCGAAAUGUGCGCUGGGACCACUGCCAAAGCGUUGCCAUAACUGUCGAAGCGAGGACCAUCUCAUAGCGGACUGUCCCACGAAACCUCCGGCAAAAUGAUUCUUCCUAGGCAAAUGGCAGCUUUUGGUGGUUCAAUUCGAUUUUCGAAACACUUAGUUCUUAGUGGCAGAUAUCCUUUUUAAGCUAAAAUAGAAUUAAUAAGCGGUAGCAAGUAUGUGAAACAACGAGAGAGUAAAAAAAUAAAGUAAAUUUUAUAUGAAGUAUCAUCAAU